AUGGUCGAAGUAUCGUUAACGGUGGGUAAACUCGAUGCGUCAUUGGCGUUAUUGUUGACAAAAGAUCAUCACUUGAUUGAAUUUCCAACGAUUUUGUUGCCGGAUGGCGUACAAGCAGGAUCGAUCGUGAAAAUCAGAUGUGAUCGUGAUUUGGAUAAUGAGAAAAAGGAAGAACAGCAAUUCCAUGAAGUGCAAGAUCAGAUAUUCAAGAUGUUUGGCCAAUCCGAGCCGGAAAAACCAGUAUUAAAAUUGAGAAACGUCACCCAAACCUCGUGUGUUUUAGAAUGGGAGCCGUUGAAAUUGAGCACCGCAUCGAUCAAAUCGUUGACAUUAUACAAGAACGGCGAACGGUUAGGUCAAAUACCAAAUCCUUUAAUCAAUACCACCACAAAGUUAUCAGGUCUACCAAUCGAUACCCCAUUCAAGUUUAGCUUGCGAUUGGAUACCACUGCGGGGGUGUACCACUCGAAUGAAAUUGAAGUUAGAACCCAUAAGAUGACUGAUUUGAGCGGGAUCACCGUAUGUUUGGGAGAAAUCGAUUGGAAAGAAGAAGGAAUAAAUAAAGAAGAUAUUGCGGAUAUCUUGAAGAGCAUGAAUGCCAAACCAUUACAAAGUGAGGUUAAGGUUGACACUACCCAUUUUGUCUGCACGUUAGCCAAGGGCCAACAGUGGAAAAAAGCGGUUGACAACAAUAUUCCGGUAGUUAGACCAGAAUGGUUGAAGGCAUGUGAUACCGAUAAAAGAAUUGUCGGGGUUAGAAUGUUCUAUCUUGAUGCCAACGGAGAGUUAAUUAAACAAUAUAAAAUCACUCACAAAGAAAAAAUUAUCGUUACUAAUCCACCAGCGGCAUCGGAUUCCGACGCCGCCGAUGAAUUGCCAAAGAACCCGUCAUCCAAAAAUUCCAAAUCAGAACAAUUCGAUGAUGUUCCUUUGGAUGGCUCUUCCACUAAUGUUACUGGAGAAAAGACCGUGGUUUCGGAUGAUGCUGCUUUGAAAGAAACCGCUGAUAAACUAACGAAAGCUGAGGAAAUAAUUGCUGCCGAAAAAACUGAAGUUUUGGAACUGAAGCUUGAAGAAGACCAGAAAGCGGUUGAAAAAACAGAAAUCGCUUGUACUCCAGAUGAAGUUGUUGAUGAAGAAUCUGUAAAGGAUGAUCCUACCGACAAGGAACCUGUUUCGGCUGAGCCGGUUAUAAAAGUGGAAGAUUCCGGAGAUGAGCCGGUCAGUGAAUCUAAUGAGGAAGAAAUUGUAACAGAAGAUAAUAAGCAGGAAGAACAGAAGGAGGAAAAGACUGAAGAAGUUGAAGAAAAGACUGAAGAAGUUGAAGAAAAGACUGAAGAAGUUGAAGAAAAGACUGAAGAAGUUGAAGAAAAGACUGAAGAAGUUAAAGAAAAGACUGAAGAAGUUGAAGAAAAGACUGAAGAAGUUAAAGAAAAGACUGAAGAAGUUGAAGAAAAGGCUGAAGAAGUUGAAAAAAAGACUGAAGAAGUUGAAAAAAGGAAACCAGCUGCAACAAAAAGUGAAAAUAAGAAACUGAAGAAGAAAAAGAAGCAACUGAAGAAGUAA